CGGAAUAGAACUGAGAAUACCUUUCUUGUCAACAGGCAGCUUCUUCAGCUGAUGCGGGUCGCCAUAAGAUCAGAAACCUUUCCGUUUCAUCGCUACUAGCAACUACUACCACAUGACAGCAUGGCAUUCAACUGCACAGAGCUCGAUGACGUCCUGGAGAAGUACUACCUCUCACCGUUGUAUGGAAUCGAGUUCUGCCUCGGUUUCCCUGGCAACCUGUUGGUUGUUCUUGGUUACGUGUUUUGCUUGCCUGCAUGGCAAAGCAUCAACAUUUACCUAUUCAGCCUGUCCGUGUCUGACCUCAUCUUCCUCUGCACGCUGCCACGCCUCUCUUAUCUGUAUGCAAAUGGCCAAUUAGAAACAAGCCCCGUCACCUGUAUUGCCAACCGCUAUCUCCUGCAUGUCAAUCUCUACUGCUCCAUCCUCCUCAUGGUCUGGGUCAGCAUGGAUCGCUUCCUGCUCAUCAGACAUCCAACACGCAACCACUUCCUGCUCAGACCACGGGUGGCCAUGGUGGUGACGGGGCUGAGCUGGCUCGCAGUCAACAUACAAAUAAUUCCGAUGAUAGUGCUGAUGUUUCACGACCUGGAGAGAGCAAAUGGGAGUCACUGCAAGGAUUUUGCCAGCCUGAAAGGGGACAUCGAUCCGAUGGGCUACAGCAUGGGGCUAACCUUGACUGGCUACAUUCUCCCUCUGCUUGGCCUUUGUCUCUUCUCCUACAAAAUAGCACAACUCCUAUGUGCCCAAGAAAAGGCUCUGGAGCGCAGGACCUCCUCUUACAAGAGGCCUCUCAGGGUUGUUAGAGCAGCAGCCGUCAUGUUCCUGGUCCUCUACACUCCCUACCAUUUGAUGAGGAAUGUCAGAAUAGUGUCUCGGCAGGCCUGGGCGAUGGUGGAGCUCUGCCCCAAAAUGUACAUAGAGGGGCUGUACAUCUUGACCCGACCAGUCGCCUUCUUGCACAGCGUUAUCAACCCAGUCUUUUACUUCCUCAUGGGUGACCAUUUCAGAGAACUUCUACUUGCUAAAUUCAGAGAGCUGAUAAGGAAGACAGGAAGGCUGAGAGAGUCAGCAUGAUAUCACAAAAAAAUGCCUGUACAUGUACGAAAAGACAC